AUGUUCAGCCCACGGGUAUUAAGACUGCUGGGUCAGUCACAGAAAUGCCGACACCACUCUACAGGCACGCUUCGUGCUAUGACACAUAUUCAAAAAUCAUCACAACUGCCACAUGUUGAGCCAGGAAAACCAUUCGAGGUUAGCAAGGUCAUUGGAGAUAGCAUGUUCCCUAGCUUAGACAAGGUUUCUGCAUCGGACUUAGUAUUGAAGAAGCUAAGUAACGACCAAGGUAAAGCAUGGUACACUAUUACUCGCACCAGAUCUGGUCUUCUUCCAGUGUAUAGCGAUAUCAAGGCGGACGGAUCGGUUAAGACAGUGAUUCGCAGAAUUGAAGGAGAUGUCUCUCAACUACGGAACGACAUCAAAUUAGCAUUGGGAAUUUCCAAACAUGAUAUCUACAUUAAAGAUACAUCGAAACAAAUUGUUAUCAGAGGAGACUAUGUGUCGCAUGUAAAACAGAUUCUCCAAAAGGCAGAAUUUUAA